AAUGGUUACAUCAAGCAGCCUCCCUGACUGACCCCCGCGGAGCAUUCUCCUCUUCUCCACUAUGCCGUAUAACACUCUACUCCACCUCAGCAUUCUCCCACCCAGUUAAAGCAAAAAAAAAAAAACUGUUUCUAACCUCACUCCUCACGGUCGUGUUUCUUUCUUCUUCUUCUUCUCAGUUCUCCCCUAACCUCGCGUCCCCGCCCAACCUCCAUCUCUCUCAGCCGUGCGCCGCCACACACACCAGUCACCACCACCAAUCAAACCUCCAUAUAUCCUGUAGUUCUCCUUUCUUUGAUUUUUUUUAUUGAACAACAGAAGCUGAGAAAGAGAAAAUGAAAUUGAAGGUUUGAAGUUAUUACCAUCUGGAAGUAACACUUCCUGUUUGUUAGUGAAAGAUUAGAGUUGAAGAAAGAUGCUAAGGAGAAGGCUUUCUGUUCUCUCAACUUCAAUCAUCAGAAGUUCGACUCAUAACAAAUCCAUUCUCGGAUAUCCGUCUAUCCAAUUUCAUCCCUUGCAGCUCCCUCACUCUCUCAACGUUUUUGCCACAUUUAAUCCCAAUGCUCGCCCAGAUUUUCAAGGUUUUAGAGCUUACAGUCUUCUGGCCUUGAAUGAUCUGAGAGAUAAUGUUCCCCGAAAACAGAAGACAAGGAAAGGUCGUGGUAUUGGAUCUGGAAAGGGAAAGACUGCUGGGAGGGGUCACAAAGGCCAGAGAGCCAGGAAAGGUUCAAAGUUGGGGUUCGAAGGAGGCCAAACCCCUCUUCGCCGUAGGAUGCCCAAACGUGGUUUCAAGAACCCAUUUAGCCUCACUUUUCAGCCAAUAGGUUUGGGAAAAAUUGCAACGUUUAUCAAUGCAGGCAAGAUAGAUUCUUCUGAAUUGAUCACAAUGAAAACACUCAAGGAUGCAGGGGUACUUGGGAAGCAAAUUAAAGAUGGAGUAAGAUUGAUGGGGCGUGGUUCUGAGAAAAUCCAAUGGCCAAUUCAUCUUGAGGUGACAAGGGUCACUGUCAGGGCCAAGGAAGCAGUUGAAGCGGCUGGUGGAUCCGUCAGAAAGGUGUAUUACAAUAAGUUAGGCUUUCAGGCACUGUUGAAGCCCGAGUGGUUUGAGAAGAAAGGAAGAUUGUUGCCUAAAGCAGCUAGACCUCCUCCAAAGCAAAAGGAUAAAGUUGAUAGCAUUGGACGACUGCCUGCCCCGAAGAAGCCAAUUCCAUUUUUAGUUGAAGGAAGCAAGGAUCUUCUAGUAGGUCAGCUCAGUUAAAUAACUAACAUGUUUAGUACUCUUUUUUCUGGAAUUUGUAAUUUUUUGUAAGCGGUUUGCCCUAAAGGUUUUUAUACAGUUUCUCACAAUAUCCCGGUAGUUCAUUCCUAAUAGAUAAAUUAAUUUCAUUUGGGACAAAUGAAAUGAGGAAAUCUUGUUUUUUUAUGUAAUUUCUUUUCAAGAAACUAGUGUUGAUCACUCAGCUGAACAGAACUAAUUUUUGUGUGUGCUGGGAGGAUGAUGCUAGCCUCUUCAAUAAUGAAAAAUGGCUAGAACUAUUUCACCUUUCUUUUUACAUUUGUGUAA